UUUUUCCSCCUCCAAGAAUCAUAAUCAACUGUCGAUAGUAUCUUCUUCUCUGUCAGGAUGGCGGACCCCAACACUAAACAGAUGUCACAGAAAAGUGCCAACAUUGCUGCUGGAGCAGUUGUGUGUGUAGAGAGUGAAAUUAGAGGAGAUGUGACCAUUGGUCCAAGAACAGUGGUCCACCCCAAAGCACGUAUUAUAGCUGAGGCAGGCCCUAUUAUCAUUGGAGAAGGCAACCUGAUUGAGGAACAGGCUCUCAUCAUUAACAGUUAUCCAGAAAAUAUUAUGCCUGACACUGAAGGAGUUGAACCCAAGACCAUGACGAUUGGAAUCAACAAUGUGUUUGAAGUCGGUUGUGUCUCUCAAGCAUUGAAAAUUGGUGACAACAAUGUCAUCGAGUCAAAAGCGGACUUAGGGAAGAACGUCAUUCUCACCAGUGGCUGUAUCGUCGGCGCUUGUUGCCAGGUGAAUACGUGUGAGGUCAUUCCCGAGAACACGGUCAUCUACGGGGCUAACUGCAUGAGGCGUGUGCAGACAGAAAGGCCUCAGCCUCAGACGCUCCAGCUAGAUUUCCUCAUGAAGAUCCUGCCCAACUACCAUCACAUGAAGAAGACUGUCAAAGGAACCUCCACCCCUGUCAGAAACUAACUUCUGACUAACCAAAGAUCAGCAUUCCCUGACGCUCACCAGACCUUAACAAUGGAAGGUGUAGAGACUCAAUUAUCCUAGACCUGAUGUCCUAGACCUGAUGUCCUAGACCUGUUGUCCUAGACCUGAUGUCCUAGACCUGAUGUCCUCGACUGAUGUCCUCGACCUGUUGUCCUCGACCUGUUGUCCUAGACCUGAUGUCCUAGACCUGUUGUCCUACAGCUAUUGUCCUACAGCUAUUGUCCUAGACCUGUUGUCCUAGACCUGUUUUGUCCUAGACCUGGUGUCCUACAGCUGUUGUUCAGACCUGAUGUCCUCGACCUGUUGUCCUCGACCUGAUUCCUAGACCUGAUGUCCUCGACCUGUUGUCCUCGACCUGAUGUCCUAGACCUGAUGUCCUCGACCUGUUGUCCUCGACCUGAUGUUCUAGACCUGUUGUCCUCGACCUGUUGUCCUCGACCUGUUGUCCUACAGCUGUUGUCCUACAGCUGUUGUCCUCGACCUGUUGUCCUCGACCUGAUGUCCUAGACCUGUUGUCCUACAGCUGAUGUCCUCGACCUGAUGUCCUCGACCUGAUGUCCUCGACCUGUUGUCCUCGACCUUGAUGUUCUGACCUGAUGUUCUAGACCUGUUGUCCUCGACCUGAUGUCCUACAGCUGUUGUCCUAGACCUGAUGUCCUAGACCUGAUGUCCUAGACCUGUUGUCCUAGACCUGUUGUCCUCGACCUGUUGUCCUAGACCUGUGUCCUAGACCUGUUGUCCCUAGACCUGAUGUCCUCGACCUGAUGUCCUAGACCUGU